AUGAAGCCUUUUAUCACAUUAUUACUGGGUGUUGUGGCCAUUUCCACUGUUCAAUGCAAUGACCCACCACAUGCCGGAACUAAUGAACUUACAGUCAAAGUCCGCCCCACCGAAUCCAAAGUUGGUGGUAAGCAUAAAAGCAAAACAAAACACAUUGAAACCCAUCUACCACAGCUACCUACCAUUGAAGAGCAAGAAAUCGUUGAAGAAGAUGAGAUCGCUGAGGAAGAUGAGCUCAUUGAAGAAGAUGAGAUCGCUGAAGAAGAUGAGCUCACUGAAGAGGAUGAGAUCGCUCAAAUUGAACAAGAUGCUCGAAAAGGCGGUUCUAUGCAGAUUGCUCAAAAAACAAGUUUACUCGAGUCAAAGAUGAGUUCCUGUCAAGUUAGUACCGAGCUAUCAAAUCAGCUUUCAAAAUAUAUGAAUUACGCUGCCGGUAUUUACUGUGAUUCUGUUCUUCUUCAUAAAGCAUGGGUUUGUGAAAAAUACUGCGGCGGAGAUACUGCUGGCACAGUGGUGCAUCAUAUAUUUGGAGAUGGCGUGUCUGCUGUGGGAUUCAUCGGUGUCCAAGAAUCAUCAGAAACUAUCAUUGUGGCUUUUCGUGGAACCGAUGAUAUGAAUGACUGGAAAGCCAAUAUUCGAAUGGUACCUCGAGCUACAUUUUGGCUGAACCAUAUGGUUGGCACAAAGAGUCGUCGACGAUUUCCCAAGUUUCAUCGAUCGGUUCCUCCGCCUAAAUCAAGGACUCAUAGUGGAUUUCAUAAAGAAUAUAACAAAGUCAGAAAUGCUGUUCUUUUGGUCAUGGAUGCGGUCAAACUCUUGCAUCCUAACUUCAAAGUCGUGUUUACUGGCCACUCACUUGGUGGUGCACUGUCUACUAUGGCUGCUCUCGAUUACUAUGAUAAAUACGGAGGAGGUGCUAUAAGAAAUGCAUAUCUUUACACUUAUGGGUCUCCCAAAGUGGGUAACAAAGUUUUUGCAGAUUGGUUUUCAAGUUUGCCAUUUGGCGGUAUUUACCGACUCGCGCAUGUGAGCGAUAUAGUGCCACAUCUUCCACCCUCAUUUUUCGGGUACGCUCAUAUUAGACCAGACUACGAGAUAACUCAAGAUAAAACUGUUUUUAGUUGUAGCGGAAACAAUGUUGGAGAGGUCUAUGUUCGUCAAGCAACUAGUAUAUGGUCAACGAGUGUUUCAGCACACAAGAUUGGUUACCAAUUUGCAUCGUAA